UUGUGCACCGUCAUCUUAACAAAUAUCAUAAAAAAAAAAUAUGUGGUAAUUAUUUUGUAUAAAUGAUACUACUCAGUAGACUGGUUACUCAGUUGUUUAAAAAACACGGCAUUGAUCAUAUCAAAUAUUUAGAGAAAAAUAACAAUGGAACUGAUAAUUGGCCUAGUGGUUAUUCUAAUUUUACUUUAUUAUUAUUUUACAUCGACUUAUAAUUUUUGGCGGGAUCGUGGUAUAGUAGGACCUAAACCGAUAGUUUUGUUUGGAACUAUAAAAGAGGUGAUAUUUGGUCAGUUAUCAAUCGGUAGUUAUUUGAAAAAAGUUUACGAUGAAUAUCCAAAUGAACCAAUGGUGGGAAUUUUCACUCGAUGGGAGCCAGUUUUGGUGUUGAACGACAUGGAAUUAAUUAAAGAUGUCUUAAUAAAAGAUUUUAAAUGUUUUAUGGACCGUGGAAUGAAGAUACACGAAAAACACGAGCCACUGACUGCGCAUUUGUUUUUCAUUGAAGCCAAGAGAUGGCGUGUGCUGAGACCUAAGAUGACGCCAGUGUUCACAUCUGGAAAGUUGAAGGACAUGUUUUAUUUACUGGCCGAGUGUGCAAACCAAUUGGAUAAGUACUUGGACCAGUUUGUUGACAAAGCAGUUGAUAUUAGAGAAAUAAGUGCCCGAUUUGCGACAGAUGUAAUUGGAGUUUGUGCCUUUGGUCUGCAAGCUAAUGCACUUGCGGAGGAAGAAAGUUUGUUUCGUAAGAUGGGCAAGAGGAUUUUUGAGAAUAAUCCGAAGAAUUUUAUAAAAUUUAGAUUGAGAAAUUUCGCGCCUAAAUUGUAUGAUGUGAUUGGUGGCUGGUUUACAGAUUACGAGCUUGAAGAUUUCUUCAUUGGAAUUACACGAGAUACUAUUGAGUAUCGUAAAAAGAAUGGAAUUAUGAGGCAUGAUUUCAUUGAUUUGUUAGCGGGGUUAAAGGAAGAUUGGAGCAAAAAUAAUACAGAUAUUGAAUUGACCGAUUCGCUGAUUGCUGCUCAAUUAUUUGUCUUCUUCAUCGCGGGCUUCGAAACUUCGUCAUCUACAAUGAGUAACUGUAUUUUCGAACUCGCACAGAAUCAUGAUAUACAAAAUAAAUUACGCGAUGAAAUAAAAGAAGAGAUGGAAAAUAACAAAGGCGUGAUAACAUAUGACGGAAUUAAAAAUAUGAAGUACCUUGAUCAAGUAGUCAACGAAACUCUGAGAAAAUAUCCACCAGUGACAUCUAUAAUGAGAAAAUCCACCAGUAAGUACACAUUUCCUGGUACUAAAGUUACGAUACCUGAGGGUACUUCCGUUUGGAUUCCAAGCUUUGCGAUCCAACGUGACCCGAAGUAUUAUCCGGAUCCUGAUGUUUUUGAUCCCGAGCGUUUUAGUGAAGAGGAAAUUAAAAAACGUCCAGCAAUGGCUUUCCUGUCUUUCGGUGACGGCCCACGUAAUUGCAUCGGAGCAAGAUUUGGGCAGAUGCAAACGAAAGUCGGCAUCGUUAAAAUUUUACAAAACCACGCAGUUGACGUAUGCGAACAAACUGAUAAAAAUUACACUAUCAAUAGCCGUAGUUUUCUUUUGGCGCCAGUUAAUGGUGUUGUUGUUAAAAUAAUUAAGCAAUAAUAAUUAUAUCACAUUAUUAAUAUCCAUCUCAAACGAUAGCGCCGAGUGCGCUUUUCUAUUGUAUUCAAGUUUUUGACUGAUUAAUUCACGUUCAAUUUGUCUCAACAACUUCUAUUGUAGACCUAAGUAAGAUAAGUCAAUACCAUUAUGAAUAAAUUUUUCUAUCAAAUAA